AUGUCACAAGAAUUUCAAUAUAUGGAGGACACCUCUAAUAUCACCCCAACUAAUGAUAGUUUUAAUAUAACAAGAGACACCGCUAAUAGCAGCUUACAGGGUGGUAACUUCACCACAACAAAUAAUAUUGAAAAUUUAAUGUCCGAUAUAUAUUCGGAACCUGAAAUGUUAGAUGAUCAGAAUAAAUAUAAUAAAAAUGGGAAUUUAAACAAUAGUAUAAGGACUACUCCGAAAUUAAAUAUCUACAAUUCAAAUAAUAUCACACUCAACAGUCAGCCGAACAUAACUAUGAAUGAAACUAGACAAUCUGAUAUAAAUGAUUAUUUGAAUUUAGGUAAUACUCCACCAAGGCAAAAUAGCAAUAAUACCUCUACUAUGUCUAACUCUUAUAACAAUUUAAAUCCCAACACGAUUCCACAUUCAGAUAGUCAAACAAGUCACAGCCAUUUGAGAAAUUCAAAUUUGGCUUUAUCACCAAAUGUAUCAUAUCUAAGUCCAAGUGGUGACGAAGAAUUCGAUGAUUUAUUAAGUUUACACUCGGCUACUUCUUCUAAUAUCUUAUUACCGAUGAAUCCCAACGGUUAUAAAUUCGUAUCGAAUAUAGAUGAUUUGAAUAAUUUCUUGGAUCAAACAAAUCAAAAUUAUGAUUUUGAAUUGAAUCAUUCAAAAGAGCAAUCAAAUAUUUCAUCUGAUAAUGCUACUAAUAAUAGUAAAUCUGCCACAAUUGAUAAUUUCUUUGCAAGUUUAGAUAUUGAAUCCAUCAAUUUACAGCCACAAAAUAAUGGGUUAAAUUUUUCCACUCAUUCACAUGCUAUAGACAUUCCCUUAGACAAUAAUAAACAAUCAAUUAAGCCACAACAAAUAACUGUUCCACCAAUAAUAUCAGUGCAAGAGUUUAGAAACAAUGAUGAGAAUGAUCAAAACAUGCAAGAUGAUGAAUUCGGUAAUAGCAAUAAAAGUUUUAAUAAUAGUAUUCAAAAUCCAAAUUCAACGUUUAAUGAUUCCUCGGAAUUAGUUAAUAAUAUUAUCUUACCAUCUUCGAUACCACAUGAUAGUUAUCUGAUAAAUGGUUCUGCGGUUCAAAUCACAACACCGCCAAUCCAAUCAUCUACUUUUAUGGAUUCUCCAAAUUAUAAUAAACAACAAAAUCAGAGUCUAUUGUCACCUACUGAAAAUUGUAAUUCCACAAUCCAAAUUGCCAAGAAUAAUGAGAAAGAUAAACAAAUUCAUGAAGAUAUGAGAAUGGCAAGAAUAGGUAGAAGAAGAAGAAUAUCCUCGGGUGGUGGGCAUAAUCGUUCAAGAGGUUCUUCUGUGACUUCAUCUGUGAGAAGUGUUUCCCCAGAAAAUGGUCAUAUUAUAAUGCAUACUUGUACAUUUAGUAAAUCAAGAUCAAGAUCGACAAGUAUGUCAAGAGAAAAAUUGUUGAAAAUGGCAGACUUAUUACCAGAAGAUACCAACUCGAAUCAUUCUACUGAUAAUAAUAAUCAAAAAAAUCUAUCGUCGAAUUUUAAUAAUAAUCCCAAUCCAUUCCCAGAUUUUAAUACCCCAACUAUUAAAAUAGAAACUCCAUCUUACGAUAUACCAACUUCAAAUGGAAUGGAUAUGGGAGAUCUGAAUAACAAUAUUCAGAAAGGGUCAAUGGAUACUAUUGAAAUAACUUCAUAUAAUAAUGGGCCAUCUGAUAUGAUAAUGGGAGCUAACUACAGUAAUUUAGCUAAUGUAACUUUUGGUGAAUCUGAUAUGGACCAACGACAAACUGACAGUAUUAAUAAUCCAUCUCAAAAUAAUACGCCAGUCUCUAAGACAUCUUCUCCAGAAAUAUUGUCACAAUCAUUAAAUAAUAUUCAGUCACAAACUAUUGAUGUAGAAUCUCAUCUACGAGAGGGUGAAACUUUACAAAAUUUAACAGGUACUACAAAAAAAAGGUUAUCACAAAAAAAUCCAGCUAUUUAUGCGUGCGAAUUAUGUGAUAAGAAGUUUACAAGACCUUAUAACUUGAAAUCACAUUUAAGAACCCAUACAAAUGAACGACCCUUUAUAUGUUCAAUCUGUAAUAAAGCAUUUGCAAGACAACAUGAUAGAAAGAGGCAUGAAGAUCUUCAUACUGGUAAAAAGAGAUAUAUUUGUGGUGGUAAGCUGAAAAAUGGUACUAGCUGGGGUUGUGGUAAGAAAUUUGCAAGAAGUGAUGCAUUGGGUAGACAUUUUAAAACUGAAAGUGGUAAGAGAUGCAUUGCUCCGUUGUAUGAAGAAGCAACUCAUGAGAGAGGAGUCAUUGAUGUUAAUCUUUAG